UGGCAACAGCAUUUUAAUGAAGACAGAGAGAAAGAUACAGUAUGCAAUAUGAUACCUUCUCCCUGUCCUCACCUCCAUCCCACCCGGGAAGGGCUGUGCCCAGCUCUGAGAACUGCUUUGCCUCAAACUCAGCUGUUUACCAGCGAACAGGACAGCAUCCCUGUGGCGGGAGGCCCUGAAGUCUGAACCAGCGCCAUGGAGGGCUCUGUGCUGAGCCCCACGUCCUGGGAGAGGCGACGGGCCUGGCUUCGACAGAGCCGGCACUGGCAGACCCAGGUCCUGGAAGAGGAGGCUGCCGCAGCCCUGCAGGGUGUCCCAGAUCCCGAGCCUUCUGGCCUGGAUGAUGUUUUCCAGGAAGGGAAUCCAAUCAACAAGAUUGAAGACUGGCUGCAGGAUUGUGGAUACUUUGAAGAAGGGUUUUUUGAGGAAGCAGGACAGCCAAUCCACAACGGGUGCCCCAGCCAUGGAACCAGCUUUGAAGAUGACUUGACCCUCGGAGCAGAAGCCACACUGUUGGCUGCCAACAGCAAACUCUUCUCCAGGAGUUUCCUGGAGACAGCCCGGCCUGGGCAGCUACUGGAUCUUGGCUGCAGUUUGGCUUCCAGCAGCAUGACUGGUGGGACCAACAAGACUAGUUCAAGCAUCUCAGAGAUUCUGGACAAGGUGCAAGAAGAUGCAGAAGAUGUCCUUUUCAGUCUGGGCUUUGGCCAGGAGGACCACAAAGACACUUCUCGAAUUCCUGCCCGAUUUUUCACCACCCCGUCUCAGGCCAAAGGCAUUGAUUUCCAGCUCUUCCUGAAGUCCCAGGUGCGGAGGAUUGAGAUGGAAGACCCGUGCCUCAUGCUGGCCAGCAGGUUUAAGCAAGUGCAAACACUGGCCGUCACCGCCGAUGCCUUCUUCUGUCUCUACUCCUACGUAUCUAAGACCCCUGUCCAAAAGUUCACACCAUCCCACAUGUUCUGGAAUUGCAACCCAACUGAUGUGCCAUCCAUCAAGAUUCUGGCCCCAGAACCUGAACCUCACUCACCCAGAGAGCGCCUCCGGAAAGCCAUCUCCAAAAUGUGCCUGUACACAUGCCCACGAGAUAGGCUCUCACCACCCGACCACACCCCCAAAAGGAACAGUUUAGACCAGGUGGUGUGGGAAGUGAUGGACAGAGUGCGAGGAGAGAAGUUGGUCCUCCAGCAAGACCCUGGGUUUGGGCCAGUCCCACAGGGAGAUCCUGUGCCCCCCAUCAGGGGUACAAAGCUGCCCACUUCUUCCUGUCCGUGUGCCCUCUGCUUUAAAGAGGAAACACAGCAGUGGAUGUCCACAUUGCAAGAACCAUCAGAAACUCUGGAUUCUAACCCCUGUUGCACACGUUUUCUGCCCAGAGCAGAUCUAAAGUGGAGCACAGACCCUGCACAGGUAAAGAGACAGCUGUGGGGUCUACAAGCCACCAGUAAGGAAGCCCAUUCAGCCAAGGAUGAGACCUUCUGGCAAAGAAAGAGCAGAGCAAGAAAGAGUCUGUUUCAGAAGAAUCCCAUGGGCAGGAAGGUUAAAUCACUGGACCUGUCCAUCAUCCAACAGAAAUGGAAACAGGGCCAAGAGAGAACAGAACUGCACCGAUCUCUAACCCAGCAGCUGCAGGACACUUUGGACUUGGAGGUGCAAAGCAACAGUGAGGAGGAGGAGAGCCACUGGCCUAGCAGAUCCGGAAACCACCACCUCUACCAGACUUUUGCUGGCAAAGACUCAGGAAGCUUUCACCACCACCACAGCACGUGCUCUGACAGCAGCGGCUUCAUAGAAGAGCCUAACUCCCACCUCCUCUUGCAGGAGGCUGUAUGGCCUCCACUAUCCAGCUCCUGCUCCCUGGCCCUACAAACUCCUGAUCUCAGUAGGAGAAAAGCAGCCUGGUACACUGGACAGAAGACCAGAGUAAGAGACUUGGAAUCUCCAUCCUGAUGCUAUCAUGAACAGCAUGCACGGAGACAGACCUUAGGCAGUCACUUCAUUUCUCUUUGGUUUUUCUACUCUGUGGGUAUUAGAAUACAUGAUCUACAUGAUAGGGACAGUGGUAACCUGGACAAAUACUUAAUUUUCUCUCAAGCUUUGACACUGCCUAGGACAGUUAGAAGAUUUAAGGAUGAUCAAAUCUGAGGAACAGGGGUUGCUACUGGAGUACUCGCAAAGGGCUCAAGCUAAAUGAGGAAGCACAAAUCCCA